UGAAAAAUAACCUCGUUUCGUAAUUAGACCUAGGACGACGAGGCGAAGCCACCUCCCUCGUGAGCGAUCGAUACGGCGCUAGCCACCGGCUGAUCCUGCCGAUGGAUCUCUCCUCCAAACCGCGAACUUCGAGCCAUCUUCGCCUCUCCGUUUGUUCGCCGAUUUUUAUCCUGAUCCUACUGCUGUUACUAGUCGACGUGGGAGCGGCGCCUUGGGAAUCGAGAAGAAACGGAAAGUUUUCAGUUUUCUCCUUGUUCAAUCUCAAAGGAAAGAGUAAAUUCUGGAGCGAAUCUGUGAUUCGUGGUGAUUUUGAUGAUUUGGAAAGUUCAGUAUCUACUGAAUCUGGUAAAUUGGCAGUGUCAAAUUACACAAAUUCAGGUAAUAUUGCAAAUUUCUUAAAACUCUCAGAGGUUGAUUCAAUAUACCUCCCUGUCCCAGUAAACUUUAUUUUCAUAGGAUUUGAUGGAAAAGGAAACCAUGAGUUUAAGCUUGGCUCUGAAGAAUUAGAGCGAUGGUUUACUAAUAUUGACCACAUUUUUGAGCAUACACGGGUGCCACCUAUUGGUGAAGUUCUUACUCCAUUUUAUAAGAUCAACAUUGAUAAAGUUCAACGCCAUCAUCUACCGCUUGUCAGCCACAUAAACUACAAUUUCACCGUGCAUGCCAUACAUAUGGGAGAGCAAGUUACUUCUGUCUUUGAGUAUGCUGUAAAGACUCUUUCACGUAAGGAGACUCCCUUGGACGUAAGGGAGGACAAAGAUGUUGUUUGGCAAGUGGAUAUGGAUAGAAUGGAGUACGUCUUCUCAACUCUCGUUGAGUAUCUUCAGAUUGAUCAUGCAUAUAAUAUCUUCAUUCUGAACCCUAAGAAGAAUAGAAAACUUCAGUAUGGUUAUAGGAGAGGCUUAUCUGAGCCAGAGAUCAAGUUUCUCAAAGAGAAUAAGACACUACAAGACCAAAUACUCAAAUCAAAUAAAGUUUCUAAAAUUUCCCUUGAAAUUGACAAGGCUAAAAAGCCACUGUAUUCUAGUCAUCCAACUUCAACUUUUGCUUGGACUGCAACUCAAGAUACAGAUACUAUAGAAUGGUCAAAGAAAUGGAUUGAUGCCUUGACAAAUGUUGAAAAAAUUAAUGAAGGAAAGGAUGACAUUGAGAUUUUGCAGAACAAAGCAGUUCAGAUGUUGCAUGAGACAAAGAAUGAUGUGAAUUUCAUCUUUGAGAAAGAAUUAAAAUUGGGCGACUUGAUGGGUCUUAAUUCUGAAUGUCUUACGGAUACAUGGAUUGGCCAGGAUAGAUGGGCAUUCAUUGACUUGAGUUCAGGGCCAUUUUCCUGGGGUCCAGCUGUUGGCGGGGAAGGUGUUCGUACGGAACUUAGUUUACCAAACGUAGAGAAGACUAUUGGUGCUGUAGCAGAAAUUAAAGAAGAUGAAGCUGAAGAUAAGUUGCAAGAUGCAAUCAGGGAAAGAUUUUCAUCGUUUGGUGAUGAUCACCAAGCUAUCGACAUUCUUUUAGCAGAAAUCGAUAUAUAUGAAGUUUUUGCCUUCAAGCACUGCAAGGGAAGAAGGGUCAAACUUGCCCUUUGUGAAGAGCUUGACGAGAGGAUGCGUGAUCUAAAACAUGAGCUGGAAGGCUAUAAUAGUGAAGAAUUUGAUGAGACCCACAAUAAAAAAGCUCUUGAUGCAUUAAAGAGAAUGGAAAAUUGGAACUUGUUCAGCCAGAUAAAUGAGGAAAAUCACAAUUAUAGUGUUGCUCGUGAUUCAUUUCUUGCUCAUCUUGGUGCUACACUAUCGGGUUCUAUGAGGCAUAUAAUGGCUCCCUCUAUUGCAGACAGGGCAUAUCACUACUAUCAGAAAAUAUCAUUUCAGUUGUAUUUCAUUUCACAAGAGAAACUCAGGAGCAUUAAACAGUUGCCUGUGAACCUUAAGACUUUGAGGGAAGGACUUUCUUCGCUUCUUGUGGCAUCUCAAAGUGCCAUGUUUAGUGAACACCUGUUAUCACUGUCAGAUGAUCCUUCCCUGGUAAUGGCCUUCUCUGUAGCCCGACGUGCAGCAGUGGUCCCAGUUUUGCUUGUCAAUGGAACUUAUAGGUCAACUAUUCGCUCCUAUCUUGAUUCGUCCAUUCUUCAGCAUCAGCUGCAGAGAUUGAGUGACCAUGGUUCACUUAAGGGUACUUAUUCAAAUAUUAGGUCAACCUUGGAAGUUCCAAUAUUUUGGUUCAUACACAGUGAUCCAUUGUUGUUGGACAAGCACUAUCAAGCAAAAGCCUUGUCUGACAUGAUCAUUGUUGUGCAAUCUGAGGCAGCAUCAUGGGAAAGCUACUUGCAGUGUAAUGGUCGGUCACUGGUAUGGGACUUGAGGUGGCCCACAAAAGCUGCUAUUGCUGCUACUGCUGAACACCUGGCUGGUUUGCUUCCUCUUCAUCUGGUUUACAGUCAGGCUCAUGAAGCUGCAAUUGAGGACUGGACAUGGUCUGUUGGUUGUAAUCCACUGUCCAUCACUUCCCAAGGUUGGCAUCUUUCUAUGUUUCAAUCUGAUGUGAUUGCCAGGAGCUAUAUCGUCACUGCCCUUGAAGAAUCUAUACAAGCCGUUAAUGCGGCCAUAUAUUGCUUGAUUAUGGAGCGAACAACUGCACAGAGUUUUAAGUUAUUCAAGACUAGGGAACGGAACUUGGUGGACAAAUAUAACUCAAUUGUCGGAUUGUGGAGAAGAAUUUCCACAAUAUCUGGUGGGCUUCGGUAUCAUGAUGCUGUGAAGCUUUUAUCCUUGCUCGAGGAUGCAUCUUCAGGGUUCACAGACUAUGUCAAUUCAACGAUCGCUGCACUGCAUCCGAUUCAUUGCACUCGUGAAAGAAAAGUUGGCAUCGAGUUUGACCUUACUACAAUCCCCGCCUUCAUUGUUGUUUUUGUAAUCCUCUGGUUCGUGCUAAGACCAAGGAGGCCGAAACCUAAGAUUAACUAAGGAACCGAAAGAGCAACACAGAAAAAGCGAAACUGAGAGCAAGUUGGAGUUGCAAACUUUGUCGUCUUCGCUCGAAUAUGAGUCUAUGAGAAUUUAAACGUUGUAAUCCUUGCGAAAAAACUAGAUGCCCGGGCAACCGCCAGAUGAUGUUUUGUUGUGGAAAUUGAAAAUUGAUUUCUGGAAGGUUUUAAUGCCAAAAAUAGAAAUCCUGAUGAUUA